AUGCUCAACUUCGGCAUGGGCAGCGUAUCAAGCGCCGCACAACGCCAGCAGCGAAUGCUCCGCACGAUAGGACAGAAUCUCCAGUUGGUCACUCGGCCAGGUACUUGUGCUACCAGAGAUGUUGCAUCAACGGGGACCAACCUGGCAGACCAUGAAGCACUGCUCACAGCUGUCGUGUUACAGGGCGUUGUUAUCGCACAGUCAGAAGAUGGGAUUUUGGAACCCCAUAUGCGAUGCGCCUCAUUCCUCAUGGAGUCAUUGGACUAUUAUCACCAGAUACCACGUUCUGCGCUUAUGCGGAUGACUGUGCAAAGAUUUGCCAUGGUUGAUCUUAUGUUGGCCUUCUCGCGACAACGACAACCGUAUGCACCGAAGGACUUUGUGCUUCAUCGGCCUGAUACCGAGAGAUGGGAUCAGUCGGAGCCAUCGUUCCAUAAGAUGACUGGUUGUCCCCAGCCACUUAUGUGCUUCCUAGUACAGAUUGCACAUUUGGCAUGUGACAUGGAGCAACGUUUAGAAAAUGACGAAUCGGUCGACGACUUGCUUUCUCUGGGUUAUUGGCUCGAGAGUGACCUUCGUUCAUGGGGUGCGCAAUGUAUAGAAUCCAUUUCGAGUGACUGUGUGCGCCCGCCCUUGGAUAUUCUGACAGAGUGUUUCUAUUGGACUUCUCAUCUCUUACUUGCACGACGGGUAUUUCGAGAUCCAACCCGGUCACCUCGGGUGCAACAUUUAACACAUACUUGCUUUCGUUUGAUGGAUCAACUAUCGACCGGAUGUGGGCCCGACUCGUCACUACCACAACCUUUCUAUCUCGCUGCACGCGAAGCAAUCACCCUAGAAGACCGCAGAUGGGUGCGACAGAAACAUGAAUCAAUGACAGCGUAUUACCGAGAGCAGCAACGGAAUACGGCGAUGCGGCUGACGGAGCAGGUUUGGGAGAUCACGGAUCAGGCCGAGUCUAUGAGGUUGUCAAUUUCUCGUGCGGACAAACAGAUCAGGAUGCUGGAUGAACAAUCUUGUCUUUUCAUAUUUUGA